CGAGCGAAGAAGACCUGAUUGAAGACAUGGCAGGCCUCUACAGUGAGCGCAACAUCCGAGCAAGGAUCCAGGAGUUUGAGAACCAGGUGACCACUGAGGAGACUAGUGUUCCUACACCGAGACCCAGAAAUUCUAGACCAGCAGUGGGAACGAAGCCCUCCGUACCUCCUCGAGCUUCCAUCAGCAGCACCACAGCUGGAGAAACAGAUGUUCGAGAUGAGACAAAUAACUACUUCAAUGAGGUUCUUGAUGAUCAUAUAAACCCAACGCCAACCUACUGGAGACCCCAACUUUCUACAAAACCUUCCCUAAAUUCUUUUGAUCAGGUUAAACCUUUGAUUAAAUCCCCCCCUCAGCUGCCAUCUCGAUCCUCACUGCGCAGAUCCAACACUUUAAACUCACGUGAUGAAGAGGAUGGUUUCAAUAGCUCCCCGUUUUCUCCAACGACUCUCAGUAAACAGAUUCUGAAUGUGAACAAUCACAACAACUCAGCUCAGAACGACUACAUGGAUGCUGGGAUUAACUGGACUUCUGCUGCGAUACCCCGCCCAGUUGGUAGGAAACCAACCAUUAUCAGAGUGCCUACCAGGCAGGAAGAUGAAAUGACUUUCCCACCUGCACUUCCUGUGCAGAAAGCUAUAGGAGGCCCUCCACCUUCACUCAGAUACAAGGAGUCAUUUGGAUAUGCAUCUGAACCAAAUCUGCCUCCACGCCCUGGUGUUGGAAAACAGUUUCCCCCUCGCCCGCCUCCGGCUAAAUCUGGCCCGGGACGUCCUCCUCCUCCACGGAAAGACGGCAUCCAGCGUAAUUCCUCCAUGCUACAAUCACAACAGACACAGCGAACGACCAGGAAGGUUUCCAGAAAAGGGCCUGUGCUUCCCCCAAGACCUAAUCCUGGCCAUCGCCUCUAUAACAGUUACACGCUGGAAAUUCCUCAUGGCAUUGCUGAGUUUGACCACAACGGCAUGCAUACAGGAGAGCUUUCCUUCCAGAAAAAUGAAGUGCUGGUUCUGUUAAACCAAAAAGACAGCAAUACGUUUGAGUGCCAAGUAGGAGAUGCAAAAGGAACCGUUCAGAAAUCCCACAUGAAGAUUAUCACACCACUGUCAAAUUACUGUCAUGAAGUCCAACCAGUGCCGCAGCAAAGCAGUUCACAUCCGGCCUUUGGAUCUUCCAGGUUGCUGAAGGUUCAAGCACUUUAUGAUUUCACUCCAGAGGGACCUGGUGAACUUGGACUGAGGGCCGGAGACAUCAUCACCGAUGUGGAACAGCUGGACAGUGAAUGGUAUUUAGGAACAUGCCGAGGCAUGACAGGCUUUUUCCCCAUCAACUACGUCAAACCUCUUUCUGGUUCUCCAGCUCCUCCACCCUCACCCACCCCGGCUCCAGCACCUGCUAAACCUGCUGCUCACAACGUCAGGGGACCACGGUGUGUGGCGAGGUUUGAUUUCGAGGCCGAUGAAAGCAGUGAGCUUUCAUUUACAGAGGGUGAAGUGAUCCGACUCCUAGAGUAUGUGGGCGAGGAAUGGGCUCGGGGUGAGAUCGGCAGCCAUCAGGGAAUUUUCCCCCUUAAUUUUGUGGAAGUGGUUGAGGAUCUUCCUUCACCUUCAGUGAAGAACCAGCCUAGAAUCCCCCUGCCUGGAAUGGCUGCCUCAAAUAACAAGCAAGCUGCUGCUUCAACACCGAAGCAUGUUAAGGUGGAGCGGUUCCUGGCUCUGUACGACUUCAACACCGAGACGGACGGUGAUCUGUCAUUCUACCGUGGUGACGUGAUUGAACUGAUCGAGCACAUCGAUGAGGAAUGGAGCCAGGGAAGACUGAACGGCAAAGAAGGAAUAUUUCCUACAUCCUUCACACAACCACAUACAGGUGGUUUCCUGUCACGUUAAUCAAGGACAAAAUUGUGAAAUGAAGAAAAUGGAACAAACACAAGCAACCUGGAUGAAGUGACUUUCCACAAACUGGUGGCAAUUUUCUGCAGGAGUUUAGUUCUGCUGUUUGAAAUGUGCACAUGGCUUUUGUGCAGCCAGUAUAAACAAUAGUGUAAAAGAGUCAACACUUGGAUUUCUCUAAACAAUACAGAUUGCAGUUGAUAUUGAUUGUAAAGUUUGUAUAUUGUAGUGUCACAAAUACCCAGGCCUUUGUGAUGGACUGAAGCAUUGUUUCCUGGUGUGACCCUGACCAGAAUUGUUAAAAUGUUGUUGCACUGUAAG